AUGGCCUUGAGCGAAGACGCAGCUGCCGCCGUAAGGCACAUUCCCAAGGAUGAGCCGGCACCUCUUCGCACCGCUCUGCCGACUAGAUCCGUGGCGUCCAAAGCCGACAACUCUAAUCUGAGGGCUCCAUCGCCUCCGCCUGAAGACGGAAGCCGAUCCGGCCGGUCCCCAAGUCCUUUGAAACCAAGGCAUCUUGACAGGAGUCCAUCCAUCACCCACGCUCAAACCUCCCAUCCGAUCAGUCCUGCCUCAUCUUCUCAUGAACGUCUGCAGUCAGACGGCAUGUCAGAAACACAGAGCCAAAGCUGCCCACCGGUUCCAACUCAGACUGGUCAACAAUUGUGGAACAAGUCGGACCCCUCUCUGGCGGAGGUCGCCCCAGGGAGCUACCAUCUGCAACGCAUGUGGUCUUUACCUGAAAGCGAGAAAUGCUGCGCGCCCAACCAACCUGAAGCGGCCGCCGACGAUAGUACCAAGCGGGCCACAAUCGACUACGGGCUCCACUUCGCCCAAGGAAGCGAGCCCGCAGGCCGUCCAGCAAGCCGCUGGCGCCAAGGCCAGCAAUCUGCUCCGAGCAAAGUGGAGCCAAGUGCUGCAGAUGAUUCGAAUGCCAUUGACAUAGCAGCGUUGCAGAGCCAGGCGCAAAACACAACCGUGGUCAUUGCUUGCCAGAAUUGUGGAACAACUAUCACACCUCUAUGGAGAAGAGAUGAGCAAGGCCACACGAUUUGUAAUGCAUGCGGUCUCUACUACAAACUCCACGGCGUCCAUCGACCAGUUACGAUGAAAAAGUCCGUCAUCAAAAGGAGGAAACGAGUUAUACCAGCCUCUCACGAAGGGGGCCACGAGGGUAGCGCUCCAGUCGAAUCCGUUGAGUCGAGCUCCCCGCCGCCGGAGAUGUCUAGCGCGCGCGGCUCCAUGAAUCCUGAUGGUUCGGUCAACCUUGGCAUGCGGCGGAGAGAUGAACACGAAGCACUUCAGCUGGUCCCCGAAAGUGUCCUCCGGCAGAACCGACCGUCGCCGCCCUUGCCGUCUGGGGACCUGACACAGUACCAGUCGUCUCAUCCACGCCCCCACCGCGAACUAGCGCCGGAAUCACUGAACGACGACAACCGACUGGCACCAAUCACGUCACUAGCAGGGACUUCAGGUCGGCAAUCCUCACUCUCUCCAGCGUCGUUUCUCUCUCCAACUAGAAAACGUUCUUUUGGCGAGGCGGGUCACCCAGGCUCAAGCGAAUCCGAGAGCAACAAGCGGCUGUCAUCCAUCAAAUCGAUAUUGAACCCCGCUGCUACACCGAGGGCGCCAAGUAUGUCACCGAGAAUGAGGGGGGCCGAGGAGCUAGCACAACAACGAAUGUAUCAAGGAUCGCCAGCUAGCACGUCGGUGUCAGCUCCGAGCCCCAGCAUGUACCCGACUGCCACUCUAGCACCAUACGAUCCGCCAUAUCCGCACUCAAGAAGCGCAAGCGGUGAGAGUGACCCUUCGAAGGCAGAGAGGCGGGCGGCUUUGCAGAGAGAGGCGGAGAGAAUGAGAGAGCUUCUGGCAGCCAAGGAGAGAGAGCUCGCGGAGUUUGGCAAUUAA